UCUAAGCCUGUUCUGGUCACCUUUUUGGAGCAAAUGAAGGAGUGCUGGAUUGCGAACACGGAGAAGACAGUAUCUGACAGUAUUCCCACAGUUGUCUCAUCUGAAGACAAUCAGGCCUUGUUGAGAAAGCCGGGGAUGGAAGAUUUAUUCUCUGAAGUAAUACUGAGUACAUGUAAUGAAGGUAGAAGUUACCAAGGUAAAGAACACUGGAAAAAAUUUGACCAUGGGUUUAAUCCUUACAAACUGGAGAAUCUUCAGCUGCCACACAACCAUUGUAAUGGCCAGAAACUCUUUGAGAAAAUAUCAAAUUACAGUACACAUGAGGUUAUUCCUAUCGUGGAGAAAACAAACAAACAGCGUAAUGGUGUCCAGUCUUUGAAGCAGUCCUGCAGUCACAUUAAACAAGGGAAUGUUGGUAGCAGCGAAGUCACUUACAAAUGUGAACCGUGUAGCAAAGUCUUCAGUCUUAUACUCAAUCAAAAUAGACAUCUUGAGAAAUGCCAGACUGGAGAAAACCAUUCUGAAUAUAAAGAAUGUGGAAAAACAUUCAGUCAAACUUCAGGUCUUACUGUACAUGAGAAAAUUGAUACUGGAAAGAAGUUUUCCAAAUGUAAAGCAUGUGGCAAAGUGUUUAAAGGGCAUUCAUGCUGUACUUCACAUGAGAAAAGAAUUCAUACUGGGGAGAGACCUUACCAGUGCAGAGAAUGUGGAAAAGCCUUUAGCCAGCCCUCAGGACUUAUUCAACAUCAGAAAACUCAUUCUGGGGAAAAGCCUUAUAAAUGUAGAGAAUGUGGUAAAGUCUUUAGGAAAUUAUCAUACCUUACGCGGCAUGAGAAAAUUCAUACGGGAGAAAGGCCUUAUAAAUGUAGGGAAUGUGGUAAAGCAUUUACCCAGUCCUCAGGGCUUAUUCAACAUCAGAAAACUCAUACUGGUGAAAAGCCUUAUAAAUGUAGAGAAUGUGGUAAAGCCUUUAGCAAGUUAUCAUACCUUACACGACAUGAGAAAAUUCAUACAGGAGAAGGACCCUAUAAAUGUAUAGAAUGUGAUAAAGCCUUUAUGUGGUUGUCAGACCUUACACGACAUGAGAGCAUUCAUACUGGUGAGAAGCUUUAUCAAUGUAGAGUGUGUGGUAAAGCUUUUAACCAGUCUUCAAAACUUAAAUGCCAUCACAGAAUUCAUACUGGAGAGAAGCCAUAUAAAUGUAAAGAAUGUGGUAAAGCCUUUCGCCGGUCCUCAGCCCUUUUUUACCAUCAGAAAAUUCAUACUGGAGAGAAGCCUUAUCAAUGUAGGGAAUGUGGUAAAGCCUUUAGCCAGUUCUCAGGACUCAUUCAACAUCAGAGAAUUCAUACUGGGGAAAAGCCUUAUAAAUGUAGAGAGUGUGGUAAGAACUUUGCCCGGUGCUCAUCACUUUAUCAACAUCACAGAAGUCACUCAGGAGAAAAGCCUUAUGAAUGUAGUGAAUGUGGUAAACACUUUGCCUGGUCCUCAAAACUUAAUCAACAUCAGAGAAUUCAUUCGGGGGAGAAGCCUUAUAAAUGUGCAGAAUGUGGUAAAGCCUUUACGGAGUCCUCAAUCCUUAAUAAACAUCAGAGAGUUCAUACUGGGGAGAAGCCUUAUAAAUGUGCAGAAUGUGGUAAAGAGUUUGCCUGGUACUCAUCACUUUAUCUACAUCAGAGAAUUCAUUCAGGAGAGAAGCCUUAUAAAUGUAGAGAAUGUGGUAAAGGCUUUUCCCAGUCCUCAAAACUUAAUCAACACCAGAGAAUUCAUGCUGGAGAGACUUAUGAAUGUAGAGAAUGUAAUAAAACAUUUGGGUGUUCCUCAACCCUUAUUCAACAUCAAAGAAGUCAUCCUGAAAGAAAGCCUAUCAUACGUACAGAGUGUGGUGAAUCCUUUAGCAAAUCCUUAAAUCCUACUCAACGUCAGAAAAUUCAUACUGGAGAGAAGCCUUAUAAAUAUAGAGAAUGUAAUAAAGCUUUUAGCCCAUCCUCAAAACUUAAUCGGCAUCAGAGAUUUAAAAUGGGAGAGAAGACUUGAAAAUGCAGUAAAUGUAGCAAAGCCUUUAGGUGUUCCUGAAAUCUUAAUAGACAUCAGCAAAUUUAUAGUGGAGAGAAGCCUUCUAAAGGUAGAGAAUCUGGCAAGGGGCUUAGCCAGUCCUCUCACCUUUCUGAACAUCAGAAUAUUCAUACUGGAAAUAAUGUAUAUUAUGUGGUAAAGCCAUUAGGCUGUCCUCUUACCUUACUAACAUGACAGACUUCAUGGAGGAUAAGAACUACAAGUGUAGGAAAUGUGUCAAAGCUUUUCACCUGUGCUCAGUACUUCCUCAACAUUGGAGAAUUGAUGCUACAGAGAAAGAAUAAAAUUUGAAAAACUUGACAAUACCUUUUAUCAUUAUUCAGCUGCAGUCAGUGCCCCUGCCUGGUUUGGGGUCCAGUCCCCAGCUGGGGGCAUGGGGGGUGAGCAACUGAUUGACACAUCUCUCCCAUGUUAAUAUUUCAUUCCCUUCUCUCUAAAAUUAAAUGAAAUCUUGGCUGUUUGUUUUGCUUAAGAAUUUAGUUAUUUAUUUUCAGAGAGAAGGAGAGAAACUCAUUGUGUGGUUGCCUCUUGCCUGCCCCCUACUGGAGACCAGCAACCCAGGCAUGCACCCCGGACUGGGAAUGGAACAUGGGACUCUGGUCUGUAGGCCUGUACUCAAUCCCCUGAGCUAUACCAGCCAGGGCAAAAUCUUGUUUUUUAAACUAAAGCAUAUUUAUUUAUUUUGCACUAAGUUUAUCUUAGCAUAUACUAAAUUGUGUCAUCAUCCCCCACUCCAACUUGAAGAAGGAUUAGUACAAAUAUGAAGAUUAACUGACAAAAACUUUCUUCAAAAUCAUGAUAACAAUGUUUAAGUAAGAAAGGGGUGGGAAUUAUGGGAUUUUCAGAUGGAAGAAGAUUAAUACAUAUCAUCUAACACAUUCAGUGUUGACUAGAGUGAACCAAAAUGUAAAACAGGAUUACUGUAAUAGAAAACUUUUAGUACAGAUUGCAGUACACACCUGUGUUCCAAGCCCUUCCCCAGCCAUCUAAUGCUUCCAGCACAACUGCUUUCCAGCCUGUAAAACCUUUUUUAAAAAGUUAAGAAGAAUUGCUACUAGAUAAAACUUUAAAAAGAAGAUUUAGAAACAGUUUAGCUAAAUCACAGCCACACUGUCUCUCAGGGAAUGUACACUGCGAUGGAAUUAUGUGUUCAUCACAAAGAAUGAACAGCUUCAAAAUAUGCAGUUCACAAGAACCCAUGGAAUUUAUGCCUGAAAGUUGCUAUCUAGUGUUCUGGACCGCUCUUCCUGGUUUUAGGAAUUGUUACCCUAACCCCCUGCCCCGUGGCUAAGGAUGAGCGAGCACCCUCUGGAAUUCGAGCCACAGGAGACAAAGGUGGUCUCUGGUAGCAAAUGCUCCCUCAGCUUCCUCUCCCUUCCCCUAAAACUUGGUCAGAAGUCAAUGACAGGUAAGUCUCACAACAGGGAGUGACCUAAGUCAGACUCAAUCACUUGGAAGGCCAUCAUGGAAGGACUUGGGGGGCUGCAACAAACAGGGAGCAAUAGACCCGUGCCCUUUGGCUAUGUGAGGUAGCCAGAGUCCCCAUGUCCUCUGGGAGAAGUGGGUCCUGGCUCUAAUCCCCUUAAGCCUGAAUACCUGUUGGGAGGGGUGCAGCUUUUUGCCUUGCCAAAGCAUGUUUGAGGGAAAAUCUGUUACCACAAAGAAUUACUUAAAAACCUGUGAAAUCUGCUCUGCUAAGAGUGCUUUCAUUCAUAUGAUAAGGGUCUGAGAGAAAAUGAGUGUCUCCCAAAGUUUCUGAAAAACUCUCAUCCUGACAGACACUGACUCAGAAUAAGCCCUCAGAUUUCUUUGAAAUGUUGUCUACUGUUUGAUCCUUGCCAAUCCUGACAGACACUGACUCAGAAUAAGC